AAAUAAAUUCUACUGGCAGUGGAUGGUGUAUUGAGACUAUACUUUUCAAUAUUUUGUCUGCUGAACUGAUUUACAUUAUAUUUUGAAUAUGUAGUGAAAUGUGUAAAAAUGCUAGCAUAAAUCGAAAUAUUUGGUAUUUCGAUUAGAUUUGAAAGAAUCUUGUGCAUUGGUUGUUUAGGGAAUCCUGUUGAACCAUCGUAUAAAUCUGAUUGUUAAAAUGUCGGGCGAUCACAAAACGUUGAUUAAAGGUAGCCCUUCGCAGUAUGUUAAGUUGAAUGUGGGCGGGACGCUAUUCUACACAACUAUUGGCACGCUUACCAAAAGCGAUAACAUGCUUAGGACGAUGUUCAGUGGCAGGAUGGAAGUACUCACAGAUUCGGAAGGUUGGAUACUCAUUGAUCGUUGCGGAAAGCAUUUCGGCACAAUACUAAAUUACCUGCGCGAUGGUACAGUGGCACUGCCAGACAGUUAUCGUGAAAUAAUGGAACUCCUUGCGGAAGCUAAAUACUUCCUCAUAGAGGAACUGACUGAUUCCUGCCAACAAGCAUUAGCUAAGAAGGAAAGAGAAGCGGAACCUAUCUGCAGAGUUCCCUUGAUUACUUCCCAUAAAGAAGAACAAUUGCUCAUAAUGUCAACCUCAAAGCCUGUAGUAAAGCUUCUAAUAAACAGGCACAAUAACAAAUAUUCCUACACAAGUACAUCUGAUGAUAACCUGUUGAAGAACAUAGAAUUGUUUGACAAACUAUCUCUGCGCUUUAGUGGCCGUGUGCUCUUCAUAAAGGAUGUGAUAGGUUCCAAUGAAAUCUGUUGCUGGUCAUUCUUUGGACAUGGCAAGAAAUGUGCAGAAGUUUGCUGCACCUCCAUUGUGUAUGCUACUGACAAAAAGCAUACAAAAGUUGAAUUCCCAGAAGCUAGAAUAUAUGAAGAGACUCUUGGAAUUUUAUUAUAUGAGAGCAGAAAUGGUCCUGAUCAAGAUUUAAUACAGGCAACAUCAUCCCGCGGCGCUGUUGGUGGACUCUCCUGCACUAGUGAUGAGGAGGAGGAGCGGUCGGGACUCGCGCGCCUGAGGUCCAAUAAGCAGAAUAAUCAAUCUUAGCGGUUACAGUCGGGCUUGGCGCGCCUUCGAAGCUCGAAACGGACUAAUGUCUGAUACCAGGCUGGCUACUUUUUGCCAUUUUGCUGGCUGCCUUGCUUCGGUCUGUAGACUUUACUGAGCUGUGUCCUUCAUUGGCCAUUCAGACCUCUUUCUAAGGCUCUCUUUAAUGUGAACAAAUGAUAAUGGCAUGAGGCAUUUAUGAUUAUAGUCAGAUCAUACUAUGGACAACUUUCUGCUAAUACUAUCUGUGUCUGUUCUGUGUAUAGUGAGUAUAUUAUGACAGGUGAAGUAAAUAUGAGACAAUUUAAAAGUGCAAGUAAAGUUGCAGCAAACAUAACUUAGAUUCUUGAUCCUGUCCAUACCCCAAGAGGUGUGUGAGACCUUGUGUAAAAUUAAAAUUGUGGUUGAUGUCUAGUAUACGAUUCAUACUAUGUAUUUGAUGAAUUCUUCAGUAUUUGUUGUUCAUGUGUAAAAUUGUUAAAUGUAAUGUAAAUGCUGACAUGAUCAUGCCAAGUGGCAGGUGUAUGGAUGUAUGGUGGAAAUAAAAAUGUACAUUGAUUAGUGUUGCAUGAUAUGUUUAUAAAAGUGUAGAAUAGUGAAAUGUACUAUCUAAGAUUCUAUGUGAAACAAUGUGUACAAUCUUGCAGUACAUCUAUGUCGUAAUUCUAAUGUUAAAAUGUAAUUUUACGCUUAUUGUCACACUUACACAGCUCAAGUGAUUUGCCAAAUCAAUGUUGUUUAGUAUUAGAAUCUUGUUCCUGAUGCAUCUCUAGUGGAUGAAGCUCAUAAUUUAAUACAAACUAUUGUUUAUAAGAUUUGUUUCUGCCUUCAUUCUGGUGUAAAGGUGUAAAUUUGGUGGGUGUUAUUCAAUUAUUGCAAAUGAAUCAUAUCAAUAAUAGAUUACUGCACUUUAACAACUUUAUUAUUAGUGCCACAUAAUGGGAUUUAUAUACCUGUAAAUAUGGCAUAUAAUUAUGUAGUCUUGAAUAGGAUAUAAAUAAUAUAUUCGACAAAUUCUUACACUGUUGUAUUCUGAGUGUUAUGGUGUUUAAGAUUUUGCCAAAUUAUUUAGCUAAUGUGAUUUAGUUGUCUGAGAAUAUUGAUGCAAAAGUGUAUGGAAUGGUAUUGAGAGGUUAUUCAGAUUAUUAAGCACAGUCUAGUCUGAUAUUUAUUGUUCCAUUUGACUUUGUAAUGAAAUGUUAGGUAAUAGUGCAUAGCACAUGUCUUUAUAAAUAAAUGGCGUACAAAUAAAGCUCUUUGUUAACGAGGGAACGCAACUCGUAAGUCGUUUAUACACGGUUGCCUCGUGAAUGAAGCGCCAAAUGUGGGUAGCCGCGGAUGUACUAAGUGUAUUUAUUGUGAAGAUGUGGGUGUCGUACUUUUCUAAUGUGACAUGCACUUUCCAUACAGUGCAUAUAUUAAAUAUUUUACAAGUUAUUAGUGUCAGACUGCAAAGACAAUGAAAUUUCGUAUUAUAAAAUGUAGUUAUAUUAAUAAGCAAGAUAACAUGAGAGGCUAAUUAAAUUGGUCACUGUACAAAAUAAGUUUGAGCAUGGAUUCCUUCCUAGUACAUCGCAAGACUGGUUUCAUUAUGACAGAGAAGCCAUUUAAAUUAUUAUUGUAAAAUUUAUUACACUUAUAACUUGUUAUAUCCUUGCAAAAUAUAAUAUGCUCACUGUUUAGCUGUC